UUGACUCCUCUGACUCUCUCUCUCUCUCUCUCUUCAGUGUGGACACAGACCUUGACUCCUCUGACUUUCCACCUCUCUCUCUCUCUCUCUCUCAUAACAAAAACUCUACACUUCUUUCUUUCUUUGCAUGACGUAUAUUAUAUACAACAACAACAAAUCAUCUCUCUCCACUCAUUGCUCUCAGCCUGUUAGGGUUUACUCUACUCUCUCUCUCUCUGAGUUCUCGAUUACAACUUGGAAGAAGUUCUGGCGAUAGUUGUUUUAGGGUUUCGGUUCGAGUAUCUGUUUGAUAAUGGCGGAAAGCAGACGUUACGGUCCUACUGAGCCACUAAACCUUGAGCAAAUACUACAAGAAGCACAACAACGCUGGCUCCGACCGAUGGAAAUUUGCGAAAUUCUAAGGAACCACAAAACAUUUCAAUUAGCAUCUGAACCGCCCAAUCGGCCACAAGCUGGCUCAUUGUUCCUGUUCAAUCGAAAAAUACUUCGAUAUUUUCGGAAAGAUGGUCACCGUUGGAGGAAGAAAAAGGAUGGGAAGACUAUCAAAGAAGCUCAUGAAAAGUUGAAGGCUGGAAGUGUGGAUGUCCUGCAUUGCUACUACGCCCAUGGGGAGGAUAAUGAGAACUUUCAGAGGCGCAGUUAUUGGAUGCUUCAUGAGCAGUUAGAGAAUAUUGUUCUCGUGCACUAUAGAGAAGUGAAAGAGGGUAACAAAUUGGAUGUCUCACGUUUGCUUAAUGUUGAUCGAGGGUCACAACCUGGAAGUGUGCCUUCCUUGGAACAAACUCACUCCCCUGUUUCAACACUUCAAACGUCUUAUGCAUCAAGUCUGAAUUCAGUGGAUUGGAGUGAACAAACACCUUAUGCAUCUAGUCCGAAUGCAGUUGAUUGGAAUGAACAGACAUUGUCUUCUGCAUUUGAGGACAGAGAUCCUGGAAAAGAUCCAGGAACCUCUUCUCUUGCUCUAACAGUUUGCGGUUCUUUACCUCAUAAUGCAUUAUCAGUUGCAGGCAAUAAAACAGGACUUCUGGAGUUGUCAAGUGGCCAUCUGGAUACAGGAUUUCUUGGAGCUAGCUUUAACUGUAGUAAUGGACAAUCCAUUGGGGCUAAUAUACAUGGUUCGAGUGGGAACUUAUAUCAUAAGCAUGACCAGAAAUUCAUCAUCAAUCAACUGAACGCAGCUGAUUUCUUAACUCGUAAGCUGAUAGAUGCCAGAUUGGAUGGCGAGAAUACAGUUAAAGAUGUGAGAUGUGGAGAUAUGAUAAGUCCCGAUGACCUGAGAGUAACUCAGGAACAAGAUUGUCUCUUACUUGAGCCCCAUUCUCAAGAUAAUUCUAGCUCCCCAGAAAAAUUACCUUCUACGGCCAAAGGUGAUGCUCUGGUAGGUAGAGCAAAUAAUGAUGAAGCUGGAGAGCUUAAGAAACUUGACAGCUUUGGGAGAUGGAUGGAUAAAGAAAUUGGUGGAGAUUGUGAUGAUUCUUUGAUGGCCUCUAACUCUGGCAACUAUUGGAACACGUUUGAUACAGAAAAUGAAAAGGAAGUAUCCAGCGCCUCGGAUCAUAUGCAGUUGAAUAUUGAUUCAGUGGGCCCUUCUCUUUCUCGAGAUCAGCUGUUUAGUAUCUCUGAUUUUGCACCAGAUUGGGCCUAUUCUGGCAUUGAAACCAAAGUUUUAAUCACCGGUACUUUUCUGGGGGAAAAGAAACAUUCUGGUAGUUUGAAGUGGUGCUGUAUGUUUGGUGAAAUUGAGGCCUCUGCUGAAGUUUUGGCUGACAAUGUUAUUCGCUGUCAAGUUCCUUUUCAUGCUCCUGGGCGAGUUCCCCUAUAUAUAACAUGCAGUAAUAGGUUGGCCUGUAGUGAGGUGCGUGAGUUUGAAUAUUGUGAAAAACCACCAGAAGCUUCAUCUUCUGCAACUGUUAAAGCUUCACCAGAAGAUGAAGUGCGGUUUCAAGUACGACUAGGCAAAAUGCUAGAUGUUGGCUCUGAGAGAAAGUGGUUGAAUUGCUCUGUAUUUGGAUGUGAUAAAUGUGAGCUCAAGAAGAAUAUCACUUCACUGAAAACUAAAAGCAAAAUUAGUUCAGAAACAGUUGAGAAUGCCGUCAUGUUUUAUGAAGGAUAUAGUGUUGUAAACCCUGGAGAUGCAUUGAUUGAGUACUUGGUGAAGGGCAAACUUUAUGAAUGGCUUAUCUGCAAAGUACAUGAAGGAGGUAAAGGACCCCAUAUUUUGGACAAUGAAGGCCAAGGGCUUAUUCACUUGGCAGCUGGUCUUGGUUUUGCGUGGGCCAUGGACCCCAUAGUAGCAGCCGGUGUCAGUCCCAAUUUCAGAGAUACACGAGGAAAGACAGCGCUUCACUGGGCGGCAUACUAUGGGAGAGAGGAAGCAGUGAUUGCACUCAUUAGAUUGGGUGCAUCUGCGGGUGCUGUUGAUGAUCCAACAUCAGCAUCUCCAGGAGGACAAACUGCUGCUGAUUUAGCAUCAAGUAGAGGACACAAAGGGAUCGCAGGAUAUUUGGCGGAAGCAGAUCUAACCAGUCAUCUUUCUUCUUUGACUCUCAAUGAAAAUUCUAUGGAAAGUGCUGCUGCUAGUAUUGCAGCAGAAAAGGCUUUGGAGACUGCAGCACAAAAUAUUUUAUCACCUCAGCAAACAGAUGAGGAGCAUUCCUUGAGAGGUUCUCUUGCUGCUGUUAGGAAAUCUGCUCAUGCAGCUGCCCUAAUACAUACUGCUUUUAGAGCUUGUUCGUUCCGUCAUAGACAACUUACUAGGAGUAACAAUAACAUUUCUGAAUCUUCAGUUGACCUUGUUUCCCUUGGAUUAUUGAACAAGGUCCGAAAGGUUAGUCAUUUUGAGGAUUAUUUGCAUUCUGCUGCUGUAAAGAUCCAGCAGAAGUACCGUAGCUGGAAGGGCAGGAAAGAAUUUCUGAAGAUAAGGAACCGUGUUGUGAAAAUUCAGGCUCAUGUGAGAGGACAUCAAGUCCGUAAGCAAUACAAGAAGGUUGUUUGGUCUGUUAGCAUUGUUGAAAAGGCAAUACUGCGUUGGAGACGAAAAGGGCCUGGUUUGCGAGGAUUUCGGAUGCAAGAGACAAUUGGAAACGUACGUCCUGACUCUGAGAAGAAUGAUGAAUAUGAUUUUUUACGAAUUGGACGGAAACAAAAAUUUGCAGGAGUUGAGAAAGCUCUGGCAAGGGUCCAGUCCAUGGUUCGCCACCCAGAGGCUCGUGAUCAGUACAUGAGGCUGGUUACCAAGUUUGAGGAUUCAAGUUAGCGAUGAAGAAACAAGUGCAUCAUAGCAAGCUGACAGUAAGGGAAGGUGAAGAAAGACGAUAUGCCUGCACUUAAAGUUGUAGAUUAAAUAGUCUCAAAAAAGAAAAGAAAGAUUUAACUGCAGAACAUGUUACUAUGUAACUAUAGUAUUUUACAUCUUAUAGCUUUAUUUCAUAUAACAAGAAUCGAAAUUCUCAUACAGAGAAGUCGAAUACUAAACCUAGUUAUCCAAAUCCAGCAGUAUAUAGUGAACCAUCUUUCUCCA